AGAACACAGGAAGGAGGGAAGUGUUUACAUCCGUCAUAUGAAAACUGAAAGUAUGUCAGAAUGAAAUGCAGCAGAGGAGUCACAAGGUUUCUCCUUCCUCUAAAGAAUCAACAGCAUAUUCUGCGACAAACACUUCAUGUCGACAUGUCGGCUACCAGCAGUUUCUUAUCUCAUGAUGAGCUUCUGUGCUGCAUCUGUCUGGAUGUGUUCACUGAUCCAGUCACCAUACCAUGCAAACACAGCUUCUGCAAGAACUGCAUCACCCAACACUGGACCCUUAAUGUCCGCAACACGUGUCCCAUGUGCAGGAGUGCUUUCCACAGAAGACCUGAGCUAAAUGUUGACGCUAGCAUCGCUGAGAAGGUUCAUCAGCUCAGGCAGUUAACUGGACGGGAAAGCAGCAUCUGCUCAAAGGAACGACAAGACAAAGCAGAUGUUCUGUGUGACGUCUGUGCUAGAACCAAACGGAAGGCUGUGAAAUCCUGCCUGGUGUGUCUGACCUCCUUCUGUGACACUCAUCUGGAGCAUCAUCACAGAUUCCCCGGUCUGAGAAGACAUCAGCUGAUGGAUCCAGUAAAGAACCUGGAGGACAAACUGUGUAAGAAGCAUGGCAGAGCUCUGGUGCUGCUCUGCAGGAUUCAGUAGAUUUGUGUGUGUUAGAACACAUUAACCACUGCUUUAUGCUUCUGGAGGAACGAUUUUAAAGAUAGAAGGCUGAGCUGGGGGAGACAGAUCACAGAGAGACGACAGGAUCUAAACAACUCCUUUGAGGACAGAAAUGAAACAUCUUGGAUAAGAGGUCAAACAUCUUCAAGAACCAUAAAAAGAAGUCCAGUUGAUUUCUACUGAUUGAAUUACCAGGACGUAGAUGACUGUAAACCUACAGAGACUCUUCAGGAAGAUUUUACAGCAAGGUCAGUUUAAAGAGAAGACUGGCUGGACUGUAGGAGCCAUCAGAGAGGCAGGAAACACUGGAAGUCAGGACAAGUUCAAGUUGCAUCAAAACUGUCAAAAUGCAGUUAAAAUGUGAAAGUAAAACUACAGGUUUUGGUUGCUCUGACUGAUGUACUACUAGAUAUGAAUUAUUUCGAUUAUUGAUAGUGAAACAUCAGUGUGUCAACAGCAUGGUAUUGUUGGAGCUGCUGCAGGUUUCAACUAUUUGAUAUCCUCUUUAAUAUACACUGCUGUUCAAAAGUUUGGGGUCACCCAGACAAUUUCAUGCUUUCCAUGAGAUCUCACACUUUUAUCCAUGUGCUAACAUAACUGCACAAGGGUUUUCUAAUCAUCAAUGAGCCUUUCAACACCAUUAGCUAACACAAUGUAGCAUUAGAACACAGGAGUGAUGGUUGCUGGAAAUGUUCCUCUGUACCCCUAUGGAGAUAUUCCAUUAAAAAUCAGCUGUUUCCAGCUACAAUAGUCAUUUACCACAUUAACAAUGUCUACACUGGAUUUAUGAUUCAUGUAAUGUUAUCCUUAUUGAAAAAAAUGCCUUUCUUUCAAAAAUAAGGACAUUUCUAAGUGACCCCAAACUUUUGAACGGUAGUGUAGAGACAGGUAAAUCUGAGGGUUCAUCACAGGAUUAAUGGUUCAAUAGACAAAAAAAAUUAAGUUCUGGUACACAGAUCUUUUUUUCUCUAUUCUCUGAUUUUUGCUGAGAUAUUAUGUAACUGGAAUAUUUCCUGAAAUGAAACCAUGUUAAAUGUUCAAAGGGAAAAGGGGCUUUUUUGGUAGAGCUGUUAACAACUUGUAGACAUCUGAAAUGUGAGCCAGACUAGACUGAUUUUUGUAAGAAACCACAGCUUCAAUCUUUUCUUGCACUGCACAUCUCUGCACUUUUAAACUUUAUUUUUAUUUUUAUUUUUUCUGUUAAAAAUUUUGCCACCCUUGUAUAUAUUGUAAAUAAAGCUGCUGUAACAAUGUAAAUUUCCCCUGGAGUAGGGAGAAAUAAAGAACUUUAUCUUAUCUUAUCUUAUCUUAUCUUUUCUAGUGUGCUGUAUUUUAAAAGCUUUUUAUAUUGCUAAUAAUCCAAAAUCUUCAUCUCAAGUGCCACUCAAACUGUCAGCUAAAUGUAAUAGAGUAGAAAGUGCAAUAUUACCAUCUGAAAUGUCAAGGGGUGAAACUAGAAAGUAAAAAAAACGUUUCUAACAACUGCAGUUGCCAUGACCUGGGUCUCAUGUGGUCAGUGGUGGAACAUGGUGUUAAUAUUAGCAUUGCUUUGACAGAAGUCCAUAUAAAAAGGAGGCAUUGGUGUGUUUUCCAUUAAUUAGCAAUGACAAGACAGCUGAGUGCUGCAGUGGAACUCAGUCUGUGGAGAUUGGAAACAGGGAAAGGAGGUUUUACCAGGUAAUACAUGCUGAACCUUUGUGAAACAUCAUAGGUUUGUAUAAACAAAGCACAGAAGAAGCUAAAGGAAACGACAGUACUGUCAGUGGGGUGCGGCUCUAACUCACCCUGAAAGCAGGAGUAGGAAGGUGUGAAUGUGGUUAUUCAUCAAACGGUGCUGUACAGAUGUAGCAUAGCUUGAUGUUUGUUUAUCUCAGUCUGAAGCUACAGAGGGCAUCUUUAGGGUUACUUGCUAUGGAUUAUGAAUUCAGGAAAUUGUCAUUCAUUCAUUCAAGUUCAGUUCAAUCUAAAGAACUCUGACAACUGCUGAAAGUCUUCAUGAUUUAACUGGAGCACUUCCAACAGUUACUGUAAACAUUUCAAACUGUUUCUUGCACAUAUAUACACAGUAUAGUAUGGUAUAUAAACUGAAAUUACACUUUUUAAAGCUCUAUU